AUGAAUGACUAGAAAGCUUAUCUAACUUUAUUAUUUCCUAAAAAUUCACAACUAAGUUUUAAAAUGAAAUCUCUUCCAUCAAAAGAUAAAAUUUGGUCUUCAAGAAUUAAAAUUUAAAAUAAAAUCAACAAUAAUCAUGUAAUGAAUGAUAAUCGAGAAAAAUAGUACUUUAAAAUCAUUAUGUAUAUUAAGUAUUGCCUUCAAAGUAAUGUCUAAUGCUUCAGAUUUAAUAAAAUCAUAUCCAUUUGUUGGAUUGCUCAAUCCAGAUUAAAUAUUAUCGAUUAAGUUGGUCGCUAGAGAACCUAUAUUUGAUAGUAUAAUUUCUUUAUAUGGUAGAGACUAUAAGAAUAAAAAUAAUUUCAAUGAAUAUCGAAAAACCUUAAGAGCUAAGAGAUUAAUAUGAAAUAAUGGAUUAAUUUAAAUUAGUAAAAGAUCACAUAAAAGAACUUCCGAUAAUAAUUUUGUAAGUAUAAGAUUUUAUUUAAUCAGAAACUAUUUCAUAUGUAAUUAUAUUUACUAUUAAUUAUGUUAGAUAUCUUUGCCAAGUGAUCGAAGAAUUCCUAUGUAUUUAUCGCAUAUUUCAUAAUUAAAAUAAAGUGAAGGUUCUCCAAAAUCAGGACUUAUUAAUGCUUAAGUCAGUUAAAAAAAAAUAAGGGACUCUCUGUAAGUGUCUACUAAUUUUCAAAUUGAGCAAUCUAUAUUUUAAUUGUCAGAUUAGUAAUAGACUCUAAUUAAUGAUAUAAGGGAACUUAAUAAAUAAAUUGUUCUAUUUAAAGCAAAAUAGAAUAUUACUUUUGAUGAAGAUAAAGAUAAAGAUGAUUAAGUUAAAUUUACUUUAUUUUAAUUGAUUACUCUAGCAAUUAUUAGCCUAUUGAUUGGAAUUUAUAUAUCAGAGAAAUGA